AUGUCAGCAGAGCCCGCUGAUUAUCCGCACAACAUUGGGGUCUCUGAGCGAGUUUUUCAAGAGUACAUAGAUUGCACAAAAAAGAACGACGCUCUAAAGUUUAUAACGAUCACCAAUCAGGCGAAUUUACCUCUGUCCAAGUACAAAAAGCACUCCUUAGAUGAAUACAUGGCCAUGGAAGAGACACAAUUAACAAUCUCGUACUUCUGCCAUAGAAGCUUAGUCGAGGGCGCGCAGAUCACUGUUGACGAAAUCAACCUGGAAGGGGAGGCGUCAUCAUACCUUUGCUUCCGGAACAGUCGAACAAGCAUGGAGAUAUAUUUUCCCAUUAUAUCAACUAGUACUCUUACUGUGAUUUUAUUGCAGAAGCUCACUGUCUAUGGAUUGGGGUCGCAGCUCGAGCAAGCGAUUAAGCAACAUGUUAAUGAUAGAAUUAUCAGCAAACUAUACAGUUACUUUUGCAUGGGGCAAAACGAUUCUCUAAACGCUCCCAAGAAAUAUGGGUCUAUCUGCAACUUCUUUUUCAAUAUCGUUAGGCAGUGUUUGCGAAUAAAUCCUGUUGGUCCGUGUCUAUACUGUGGAUCUCCAAUCUAUGGACUCCCUGGUCGCGUUUCAGCUGCAACCGGAGACAUUCAUUCGGAUAUUGCAAUUGCCGUCAACCUGAACUUUCCCUUAGAACUGUUCGGCUCGGACACGUUGGAGAAGUAUUACCCAUCGCUUGAGAGCUCGUUGCCGAGUCGCCUGUACGCAUUCACGGAGAUAGGAGACUCUGGGGCAUACACCCUCCCAUUCUAUACUCAUCCCACCUUGGUUUUGUGCGAUAACUUUGUGGAUUUGAUGAAUGUGGUUUACGCUGAACAAGGAGAUUUUGUUCCUGUCGUGAAGUCCAAGUAUAACACUUUCACGGACGAUGAUGCUGCCAUGGACCUUGUAACCUAUGAAUUAACUAAGACCAAAUCCGGGCUUUCCGUGGAAUUAAAGGGAGAACAGACCAAUAUUCCCCGUCCUAGUCACAGCACUUCGCUGUUUUACCCUUACCACAAUGCAUGUGCUGACACCAUCAGAGCCGUCCACGAUAGGAUUAAUAAGGAUGCAGUUUUGGGAGAAAACACAGAGGAGCUGAAAGAGCGGGUGAACUCAAUGAAUACUUAUUAUACCAAAGUUAUCAGGGAGGUACGAGAUAAGCUUAAGGUGUUUGCAGCGCAAAAUCGCACUGGAGCAUAG